ACACGGGACACACGGGUAAGCCUCUGAGAACGCUGCGCCACCACCGACAGCAGCAGCAGCAGCAGUAGUAGCACUAGUAGCACCAUGGCGUGCGCCACGCUCAAGAGGUCCUUGGAGUUCGACCCGGUGCACAGCCACGGCCGGCCCAGCAAACGGCGGAGGUGCAUGCCGAUGUCGUGCGCCUCGCCCGGCGCGUCCGCGUCGUCGCCACGCAGCGGACCGCUGCCGCAGAAACCGUCGCCGUUCGGCGAGAUAGCCAGCAAAUUGACGCCUGAAAAGAUGGCUGCCAACAUCAGAGAAGAAAUCCGCAGAUUGCAACGACGUAAACAAUUGCACUUUCAGCCCCAAACCAACAGCGGCGAUUCAUCAGACAUGGAGGGACCUUCCAGUCCUUCCGGUCCGUCUGGCUCUUCUUUAACUCCCUUUAGUCAUAACACUAGCGGAAAGGAAAAACCACUUUUCACAUUUAGACAGGUUGGUUUGAUCUGCGAGCGAAUGCUCAAGGAGCAAGAAACGCAAAUCCGAGAAGAGUACGAUCAGAUCUUACAUUUAAAGCUCGCCGAACAGUAUGACACUUUUGUCAAAUUCACAUACGAUCAGCUACAAAAAAGAUUUGCAUCUGCGGCUGCACCGAGUUAUCUAUCAUAAGAAAAGUUUCUUAUUUAUAAGAAGACAUUUCUGUGAGGAAUAUUAGAUUUCUACUGUGUGAGACAAAUUUUGCUUGCGCCGUCGUCCGCAGCGUCGCCUCACUUCAGGAAUCAUCUCUAAAACGAACCACGGUUUCAGCAGUGUCUAAAUAAAAAGGAAAAAAAGGACUAAAAAAAAGAUGAGGACGGGAAAAGAAGAAAAAAUAAUGAUUAGUAACGUAAGUUUGCGUAGAGAGAAAGAGAGAGAGAGUGCAUGUGUGUGAGAGAGAAAGAGAGAGCAAAUUGCGGUGAAUUGUAAACAUAUUACGAAAAUCUACCAUGUAUACUUUCGAGACUAACAAUAUUUGUACUGUUCGACAUUAGAAGUGCGCUGGUAUCAGGGAACUGAUUCUACUUAUGUACAAAUGUUAUUACAGUUAAAAAUACGAUAUAUGUACACAGUGCAUGACUAUAGCACAAGGCUUGAUAUCCAGCUGAAAGAAAGUGCGAGAGAGAGCGAGAAAGAGGAAAGAGAGAGAGAGAGAGAAAAGCUGAGAGAUUUCUUUCUAGCUUGUCACGCGAAUAUAUUUUUCUCUUAGCUUGUUUUCGAGAUAUUGUAAAAUGUGGACGGAAAUUUUGGGCACUUUGCGUAUGUCGUACAGAUAAAGAGCAUCGUGUCGAAUACUAAGUAAGGAUAUUUCAAUAAGUUUUUCGUUUGUUCAUCCUGACGCUACGACAGUUUAGAUAUUGCUCAAGUAUAUACGACAACCAAUGCUCUAAGCAUCUUGUCGCAAAAUGUGCGCGAGGUGCAUCUUGUGAGACGGGAUACAGUGGCGCAUUCGCGAAUAAAAGGAUUGCCUUUCUCAAAUCCUGUCUGCUCAGUGACGAGCGGGAUUACGUUUUUGAAUUCAAUGUACGAUUUUGUAAAUUAAGAGAUUGAAUAAUUCUCUACGAAUUUUACUUGUACGCGGAAAUCUACAAGAAAUCUACAUUAGUGUAAUGACUUAUUAUAAAUUGCUAGUGAUGAAUUUGUUUUGAUUGGUUUGCGAGUAACAGUGCACUCGCUUUAGAUUCUUAAGAAUUUUUUUCUUUGAAAAAGAAUUUCUAGAAAAUUUUUCAUUUCACAUAGGCAAAUACAGAAUAAUAAUACAUUUUUUUGUCAUUUUUCUUUCGCUCUUUGAAAAUUCUUGUAAAAAGAAAGAAGCAAAAGAACGAUCUCAUUUAAGAUAUAAACGUUGCGAGAGCUGUAAAAGUGUCGGGAUAGUACUUGUAGACUAUAGUAGGCAUUGUACGAAGGCAUUGUGAAGCGUAUUUGGAAUAAAGAUUUCAUAAAAUCUCGUCACACACAGCAUUUCUGUUCCCUGGUAGCAACGAAUUUCUGUAGUUGUAAUAAAAAAAAAAGUGCUGAAUAAUGAAUAUAAAGCUAUAUAUCGUACUCUUUAACUGUGCCUAUUAUUAGACAAGUUUAUCACGAUUAUUACUAUUUACUACGUUAUUAUUUACUGUUAUCGCCGUCGUAAAAAAAUUUUUUAUAGUUUGUAGCGAUUCUCAUUACGUCGUAGUAAUCACGUCCUGCGCGCGAUAUUUUCUUCCUUUUUUUUUCUACUCGAUUAAGAUAGGGUCCUGCGAGUCUUGGUGGCUGCGUGCAUUUUUUUUUCUAUGUUCCAGCGUGAAAAAAUUUUUGUUCCGCCGAGUAAUUAAAAAAAAAAAGCAUUUAGAGCACCAAGUGGAACGUUCUGUCAAAAGUUCGUGUAAGCACAAUGUAAAAUGAUCUUCGAUCGUUUAUGCCUAUGGUUCACGACUGUCGAGGAAGCGAUUUAUCAUACGAUUUCGAGGGGCAUUCGAAUAACUACUGCCUUUUUCAUAUUGCGCAAAAGAAAAGUAAGAAGAAAGUGUCUCUCAGUUACCACAAUAUUUUUGGGAGCAUCGUACGCCGAUGGUGUUCACGCCCACACUACACGUAUACACAGAAAAGUAUAAUAUAUGUUACAUCGACUGUCUAUCGACUAUUGAAUGUGAAAUAAAAAAGAAGAAAUAAAUUACGAAGAAAUAUAAGCGGGUUUAAUUAUUAACGCGCUAAAUAUAAUGUCUACUUGACGCUCGCGGUAGGUACCGUUAAAAGAAAAUCGUGGAGACGGCGCGCGCGCGCGCGCGAGCGAUUGUUUGAAAAAUUCAGGGGAUUUCAUUUAAGCUGCAGAAAAUACCUCCGUAUUAUAUUGUGUAAACAUUCAUUAUCGAAAUAAACUUAAGACU